AUGUCGUCGAUGCGGCGCCAAACAUUCCUUUCCCGCUCCUUGCCGAGCUUUGUGGCCAUAUCCGGAGACAACAUGGCAGCCGUGACGACAAGCCGCGGGCCGAGUGAAGCCCCGGGUCACACUCUCGAGGAUGCAGCGUCGCCACGACCUCAGCAGAUGCUGACUCAGCAGGAAGAUGAGGAAGAAAAUCACACAAGUGAGGAAGAAGACAACCGUCUAACUUGUGGAUUUCCGUCAUUAGAGGGCUCUUCCAACGUCGCGGCAGAGCGUCCUGUCAGUCUGGCGCUGGCGCCAUGUGGCCAAGGAGGAAAGAAGACCAGAAAAAUUCUAGUGGCGCCGGCCCUCAGCGUGUCUUUAGGUCGCAGCGAAUCCGGCGACUUCCACUCGGCGUUUCUAUCGCCGUCACUGGGAGACGAAGACGAUGCCGGUCCCGACUUUGACCUGGAUGCCAUGGAGACACCCUCGGACAGCGAGUCCUUACGCUUUCCUGUCGAUGGCUCGGAUCUGGAAGACGAUCUGCAGAGACGUGGCUCAGACGCCGCUGCGGAGGCGGAGCCCGCGGGUCCGAGCGCUCUGGAGCGCGAAGACGUGGUGGACGGCCAGGGCACCAGGUGGCGCUCUUUCUCGACCGGACCAGAGCAGCGUGAUGGACGCGUCAACAUGAGUGUGCUGCAACCGUACCUAAGGGUCCUGUCGCAUGGAGGUUACUAUGGCGACGGGAUGAACGACAUCAUUGUCUUUUCUUCUUGUUACCUGCCCGAGAACACGUCGGAAAAUUAUCACUAUGUGAUGGACAACCUGUUCAGGUACUUGGUGGGGACGCUGGAUCUGAUGGUGCGCGAAAACUACGUCAUUGUAUAUCUUUGCGCCGGCGGCCAUAAGGACAAACUUCCAGGGAUCGGCUGGCUCAAGGAAUGCUACCACACCAUUGCCUGGAGGUUGAGAAAGAAUCUGAAAGGCGUUUUUGUGGUUCAUCCCACUUGGCCCAUCAAAGCGCUCAUCACGAUCAUCAAACCCUUCAUCAGUUCAAAGUUCAGCAGGAAGCUGCAGUUCGUCAGCAGCCUUCGGGAUCUUUCCGCUCUGCUGCCCACCGAGCACGUGCAGAUACCCCAAUGCGUCGCAACGUACGACGACAAUCUGCCCAGACGUGUGAUAGUCCUGCAGACAAGUGGAAAUGCUGCGCGGGGGCUGCCCCAGUGCCACGGCCCCUCCCCAGCCAAUCAGGUGGGGCGAGCCAGCGCAGCCUAUCCCGCAGCUCCUGGAAGGGUGGUCCCCUGGACCAUCCGAGCCCCCAUUAAUUGGCCUUCAGGGAAGGAAUGA